AUGCCUCAGCCCACGGUGGACUACUCCCUCUACCUGGUCACGGACUCGACGCCCGCGAUCCUCGGCGACCGCGACCUCGCCUCCGUCGUCGCGGCCGCCGUCCGGGGCGGCGUCACCGUCGUGCAGUACCGCGACAAGACGAGCGACACGGGCGCCCUCGUCGCCAACGCCAGGCGGCUGCACGCCGUCACCCGCGCCGCCGGCGUGCCGCUGCUCAUCAACGACCGCGUCGACGUCGCCCUCGCCGUCGGCUGCGAGGGCGUGCACAUUGGGCAGGAUGACAUGGAACUCGCCACCGCGAGAAAGAUCCUUGGCCCAGAUGCCAUCAUCGGCGUCACGGCCAGCACCGUCGAGGAGGCCCUCAAGGCCUGCGAGGACGGCGCAGACUACCUGGGCAUCGGCACCGUCUUUGCGACAUCCACCAAGGAGAACACAAAACACAUCAUCGGCACGGCGGGCCUCCGCCGGAUCCUCGCCGAGCUCGCCUCCGCCGGCCACAUCCCCCGCGUCAAGACCGUCUGCAUCGGCGGCCUCAAGCCCUCCAACAUCCAGCGCGUGCUCUACCAGUCCGCCCCCUCGCCGCCUUCGGGCCCCUCGCUCGACGGCGUCGCCCUCGUCAGCGCCAUCGUCGCCGCGACCGACCCGGAGUCCGAGUCCCGUCGCCUGCUGGAGCUCGUCAGAACCAGCUCCUCGUACCGGCAGAUCGUCUCCUCCUCUUCCGGCGGCGGCCCCUCGGCGGACGUCGGCUCGCUCCUCGACCGCGUCCCGGAUGUGAUCAGCGCCGUCGCCUCGGCCUCCCCGCUCUCCCACAACAUGACCAACCUCGUGGUCCAGAACUUCGCCGCCAACGUCGCCCUCGCCGUCGGCGCGUCCCCGAUCAUGGCCAACUACGGCGAGGAGGCCGCCGACCUCGCCCGCCUCGGCGGCAGCCUCGUCGUCAACAUGGGCACCGUCACGCCCGAGGGCAUCGCCAACUACCUCCAGGCGCUGUCCGCCUACAACGCCGCCGGCCGCCCCGUCGUCUUCGACCCCGUCGGCGCGGGCGCCACGUCCGUCCGCCGGGCCGCCGUCCAGACCAUCCUCGCCGGCGGGUACCUGGACCUCAUCAAGGGCAACGAGGGCGAGGUCGCGACCGUUCACGGGCAGGCGGCGGCGCCGGAGCAGCAGCAGAAGGGCGUCGACUCGAGCUCGACGCUCUCGCACGCGCAGAAGGCGCGGAUCGUGCGGGACCUUGCGCGGAGGGAGAGAAACGUCGUGCUGAUGACGGGCGCGACCGACUACGUGUCGGACGGCGGGCGGACGUUCGCCGUGGAGAACGGUCACGAGCUGCUGGGCCAGAUCACCGGGACGGGCUGCGUCCUGGGCACGACGGUGUCGGCGGCGCUGGCGGCCUGGGAGGACGACCGCCUGCUCGCCGUCCUCGCGGGCCUGCUGCAUUUCGAGAUCGCGGCCGAGCGGGCCGCCGUCAGGGGCGACGUCCAGGGCCCCGGGACGUUUGUGCCGGCCUUCAUCGACGAGCUGGCGCGGAUACGGAGGCAGACCGUCGACGGGGACUUGGCCUGGCUUUCAGGGGCCAAGGUGAAGGCCGUCCAUGUCGAAUGA